AUGGAUGUCGAAGCGUCCCGCCAACCAGUCAACAGCCCGCGCUACGAUGAUCGACUACCCCAUAUAGGCCCUACUACCCCUGCAAUAAGCAGAACUGCUGCUUCCAUUGUUCAGUCAUCACCCCACUAUCCUACUACCCGUCGACAUUCACUUUAUGGAACUGAGGACAGAGUCAUUAUUGAUCCUGGCUCUCACAUCUGGAAGGUAGGGUUCAGCGGAGAGGGCAAACCAAGAGAUGUCUUCUGGGCAGGUGGGCAAGACGGGGAAAGGCUGUGGACCCUGAAUAGAGCCACGGAUGUCGUCGAACGAGAAGAAGAGGACAAAAUGCUGGAGAUCAAGCUGGAGAGAUGCCUGAGAUCCGUCUUCCACGACUCCCUGCUAACGGAUCCGAAGUCUCGGAAAGUCAUCUUGGUGGAACAUCCACUAUUGCCUCUGCACGUAAAGGAAAAGAUGGCUCGUAUCCUUUUCACCAAUCUGCAGGUUCCUUCAAUAUCAUUCGCGUCAAGCCAUCUCCUCUCAUUAUUAGCAGUAGGGAGAAUCACAGGACUCGUCCUCGACUGCGGCCACCUCGAGUCCACCGUGCUACCGAUAUUCUCCGCUCGUCCGCUUUACCAUCAGCUCCGAAACACGCCCCUCGCUGGUUCACGUCUGACUUCUCACCUACGCGCACUACUCCUGCUGUUCGGAACAUACCUCCCCCCGCCCACAUCCCUUAGCGCUGCUGCCAACAUCCCUGCUGCCGCUCGAUCAUCGCGUGUCCCACAAGAGGUCCUCACGGAUGCGGUCGUCGAAGAAAUCAAGACUAGAUGUUGCUUUGUCGGUGACGCACUUGAGCCUUCUGAUACAGCCAUUACAUCCCCUGGGGAAGAGCCGUCAACUGAACUCGAUCUGCCGCCGAUAAGCGAUGCUACGCAGUCCGAGUCUGACUUCUCUCGAGUUUCCAUGGAUGUAGACAGUAACCCUUCGGAGCAACAUGCGCCCUCCGGGUUUUCCAUUGUAUCUCAUUCUCAGUUGCCCCCAGCUGAGCGGAGAUACCGGAGCGAAAACCAUCUGCAAGCGCUAGCUACUAUGUACACUCGACAUUCGACCGCGACUGACCUACGUAUGAAAGUUGUACCACCUCCCGCUCAACAAACCGGGACAGGUCGAGGGACGCUCAUUAUCCCUGGGUGGAUACGGGAGAGAGCAGCAGAAGUUCUCUUCGAGGGAGGGGACGUGGACGAGAGUAGCGUGGCGGAGGUGAUACUAGAAUCACUACUGAAGGUUCCCGUCGACUUACGGAAGACGAUGGCAUCGUCAAUACUCGUAGUCGGUGGCACGUCCAUGUUGCCCGGAUUCAUCCCGCGGCUACAUGCAGAGCUUAUAAAAGCUUUAGCUCCACCGGAGGCCUCACCUAGGCAGUCGGGUCGGUCUAACAGGGCACCUGUGCCUCCGUAUGACAGAUACGCCCCCUUGCGGGCUCUCAUUCCUUACUUCGCCGUCCUGAAUAAUCCUUCAGCACGUCCUGCCGUGGCAAGUCAGAGGGCAGCUGCUAACUCCGGCAAGGCGCCGGCCUUUGUGCCUUCGCUCAUGGCUUGGGUUGGAGGUUCCCUGGCAGGCGCCAUGAAGAUCGGCGGCUCCGAGGUCACGCGAGAGAAGUGGGACGAAAUGGAAUCCCGCCAGUCUGACGACCAAGACGACCUCAUGGAUAGUGGUCCCCGUCACCCUGCCAGCGUCCUGCCAGAUUGGACCAGGUCACCUUUGCCAGUAGGUGCGCCUAUAGUCGGUGUACCACGCAAUACAACCGCUCCCGCUGCGAUGUCGCAGACGCCCGUCGGCGCUUGA